AUGUCGAGCCCUGCUACUGCACUUGUGUGCUCACUGUUCACCGGAAACGACGGACGUCGGCUGAAGGUCUGGGUCGAUCCAAGACUCGACCAUCAGGCAGAGCUUAUCUCCUCGCUGAAGGAACGAGGGGCGGAGACGUGCUCCGAGCACAGCGAGCCCGGAGUCCGGAUCCUCGUGCUCCACGACAGCUCCACGGACGUUUUUGAUGAGUAUUGUCAUCCGAAAUGGCUCACGCUGAGCCGGCGAUUGCGGUAUCAGCGGUUAGUGAGGGGAGGGGCGGUCGAGGAGUGGAAGCGGAAAACGAUGGUCUCGGAUGGAUGGGUGGUGAAGUGCUUAGCAGCGAGAAGGGUGCUUGGGGAGGGGGACGGCUGGGGAGGUUGCAGGAAGGGCGGCCCUCCAAGCGAGUCUCUGACGACGGCCGAAGCCGCAAGUAACUCGAGCUCGAUAUGUGCCGCCUUAUCAUCCUCGACGGUCCCAUACAGCGCGUCUCUCCCUUUCAUCUCACCUCUACCAAUCAUACCUGUACCCUCUCACCCAGCUUCCCCCUCGUCUAUCCACCAUGACAUUGGCCCUCCAAAUGAGCCGGAACCUGUCUCGGACGAGGAGGAUCGCGCAAUCUUCAAACGGCGACGGAUACGAGCGGGAAAGCGGUCACCUGAUGGUCCUAAUUGGGCCCCCACAGAUGCUAUUUCUACGCCCAGGCGAUCCCAGGGAGCCCAGGCCUUGUCGUCAGCUAGAAAACCCCCUACCCCACCGCGCACACGUCGAUCUCGCAGCAAGACCGUUGCCUUCACCUACCUGGUCAAUGCGGACGACAGCGAUUCUUCCGACGGGGAGUCCGAGUUUCAAGGGUCGGAUGGCUCGCGCGGUCCCUCGCCUGCCUACGGUGGCGCGUCCAGGAUCGUCAGAUCUGCCUCGACCUCGCCGCAACCGCCCGCAAAUGACUAUGGACGUACUCGCUCCGAGAAAGCUCGCGAGAGCGGGAGCAGCUCUAUCCAGGCCGGUGGCGGUCUUAUCACCCAGCAUCACGGCUCUCUCAGUGCUCCGUCCACACCUCCCGCCGAGUCAGAUCCCGCUAACGACUCGGAGUCGAUAUCUGCAUAUCCCACCCGCGCUGUGUCAGGCUCUGCGCCUAGACGACUCCCUCGCAGCGCCAGCCAGGCGUCCUCGGCCGUACCGCAAACGGUCACGUCUCGGUCGCUUCACUCUGGCUCGGAAACGGGGCGCAUACUUCCUCCUUGGCAGACGAUGAGCGAGAAACCGCCUCAUCUCUUGGGCGGGCUCCGCCUCUUUGUCGAAACUGGCGUUCCAGGUCGGCGUCGCCUGGUCCGCAACAUCAGAUACAGCGGCGGCAAAUACGUGCGGCAGAUUUCCGACGCCACGCAUGCUCUCUUUGGUGCCUGGCUUGCCUACGCCAAGAAGGAUCGGAGCGACCUUAUGGAGACCGCGUCGAAGCUUCCUGUCAUCUGCGUCGGAUUCGAAUGGCUCGAGGACAGCUGGGAGGCCGGAGAGCUGCUCCUGGCGGAGGACUAUGACUGCUCGGGCGAAACGACCUUCAUCCGGCGGGUGCCCGACACGCGGAAGCAGCUGGAGCUGACGGUGGAGAAGCUCUCGCAGCUCUUUGCUCAAGCACAGGAUGAGCAUCUCACUACUGGUGCUAGUCACGUCGAUCUCGCGCGCGCUCUCAUGAAAAAGCAUGCCACAUACUCCUUAGCGGCAUGGAUGAACCAAUACCGGGACUGGCGUUCACGGAAAGGGCGAUUCGAUCCGGACGCAGUCACUCCGACUGCUACCGUACAGGAGCUGGACGAGAUACUACGUCACGCUCAUGUCAUGGCGUGGACGGCCAAGAAGGGGAUACGGGACGUCGUGGCAUAUCUCUUCAAGAAACUCCCUGAGCAGACUGAGGAAACUUGGGAGCGGACGUACAGGUGUUGGCGUGAGCACGAGGGAUGGUCCCGCCUAUUGGAGGACCAGGACGACCACGUCCAGUACAGCCACCUCUUUCCAUCCUACAUCAGGCAGGUGGAGCAGGGUGCUACCCUCGGAGAUAUCGCAGACGCAUUAGCCAUCAAUUAUCCCGAAUAUGACUUCGAUUCUUCUGAAUGGAACCGCCAAUUCGGCAACUGGCUCAGAAGACAACGGCCGGCACCGAAAACGGUCGAGAUGCCUCAGGAGCCAAAGCUGGACUACGCGGUACGACGACGGGUAUUGCAUGGCGAGCUGGCGAAGGUAUUCAAGGCGAACUUCGACUCGCUUACGUUCACGAAUAAAGAGGUCGCCGAUAUUGUCGCACCAGAAGUGGGAUACUCGAGCAACAGUGUUGGGCUCUUCUACGGCGAGUGGCGGACACGCCGUCUGCGAUUUGCCGAUAUCGACAUCGCCCACCAAUUCACCGGUCAAGGGCAGAGUCGGGACGAAUACUAUGCAUUGCCCGCAGACCGUCAGCUCAACAUGGGGACAGGUGGAGAAGGGAAUGGUGAGACUACUCUCAGGCGGGCUGUAGGGAUAGUUGGGACGGUACCUCGGCCGGGACCGCGGAUACUAGCGAUGAGGGUAGAAGAUGGGCCAUUGCUGGCACAGAUUGCGGCAAACCAUGAAUACAAGAGCGGCACGAACAGUACGAGGGACGGUACACGAAGCCGUACGGCCACGGAGGAUUGGGCGAGACUCUUCAGAAACAACUUUGACUCUCUCAGCUAUGAUGGCAAGGAGGUAGCGCACACACUGAAUGCCAAGACCGGGUACUCAACCUGGACGUUGAUGCAAUUGUACUCGAUGUGGAAGAACUCCACGGCUCGCUUUUCCAAUAACCCCAGACAGCUGGCUUUCACCGGUCUAGGUUCCAAAGCCCCACAACCGCCGCCGGUCACAGCGCCCGCUCCCGCCGUGACAGAUCAUCCUCAACUACCUCCAGCCAAGCGUCCAAAGGUCAGCUAUACCCUGGAGGAGGAGCAGAAUAUGGCGCUGUACGCGUACGGUCGAUUGCCCCAGAAGAGCACGAAGAUUUCAGACUGGCAGGCAUUCGCGGCGGAGCACUCUCAUCGGACUGUUCAACAUUGGUCCGCUCGAUACCGGGCACAACGAGGGCGAAUCGACAAGCUCUUGCCUGACAAUGCGGAUGCAACAUUAGCGGAACGCAAGGCCAGCCGAGCGCGCACGGAUGCGACCCAUGACGAGGACGACACAAUACCAGUACGUAGGUGCAAGGUACGGAAGGCCAAAGCGAACGAGACGUCUCGGCAGCGCAAGCGGGCUGGAGUGGUGAUGGGGGAGUCUAGCGAUGAGAUGGUAGGGGCUCAGGCAGGGGAGGGGCGGUCAGACAGAGGAGGGGUAAAGCGGAAGAGGCGGGCGGGGGUCCGAGGCGGUUCGGAGGACGACGGCUCAGUAGACGGCGAGGAUAUGGAGGUGAAUGAUCUUUUGUGA